AUGUCUCUGGCUGUGAAGAGGCUCGAAGCUCUGGACGAUCGUUAUGAUCAAGCCCUCAUCAGUGAUAAGGGCCUCAGCACUGAGCAGCUGAACAAGGUCGGGCACAAAUUCCUUCCUUACUUCCACGACUCGAAUGACCGCGCGUCUUUACAACAACAGCUCGAAAAGUAUCUUCCCUCAGUGGCGCGUUACGCGAAAGCUUUUAUGGGAAAGAAUGGACGAUCUUACAGCAAAGGGGGUCUCAACAUGAAUCACCUUGCCGAUAUGAUUGCAGUGAAGCCGUUUGAACUGAGAGCCCCAGAAAAAGCACAUUUGCGUCGCAGCUGGCUUGAGUUGUUUGGCAAGCGUCUUUCUGCUGAGAGAUACUGCGAAAUGCUUCACAACGCCGCUGAUGGCAUAGCGGAUGAGGCGGACGUUCAACAAGCACCUGAGCAACCUGAAGUGGAGCAACUCAAACUUGAAGAGGACGACGCCGCUGCCCCCACCUUUGCGGCCCUUUCCUUUGACGUUCCAGAAUACGCGGUGCCGUAUUACAAUGACCAUGGGCCACGAUUUGGUGCAAGGCGAAAGACACAGGCUCGGGACCACCUGAAGCUCAUGGCCCGCCAAUCAAAUCUUGCUGAUUGCGGGAACACGACCUUUGUAAGCCAGAACUUUCCAUUGAUUGCACAUGGUGACGAGUAA